CCACUCGCGGCUGGUCACAAAUACCUAAAAAUAUCGUCGCCAUAUUGGUAUUGUCAAAAAGUUCGCGAUCCAUCGGUAUUUAGGAAAAAAUGAUUUUUCGUUUUUCCAAGACCGUAUCGCCUGUGUUCUUGUGAUCAGACGUUAUCUAACGUGUAUUUAGAUGUUUCGUUUGUCGGAUCCGGUGCUCGAUUUGGUUUGUAAAUGAUGUUUUCAAUGGAGUGCUCAGGGCGGAAUAGGUCUGGGACAUCGGAGGACUCGGAGAUGAACGCUGGUGGGGAAGUGGUGAGAGAAGGAGUGCCAUCGGAUGAGGUGUAUUCAGCUGUGGCUGCGGUCUCCGACGAGAUCGGGGAUAUAUUAAAGGAUGAACUGGGUGACGCCGAUAGGGCGGACAGGAUUGGUGCUGAAUUGGCAGACCUGAGUGCGGAACUGGGACUUCUGGCCGGUUUAGCUGACGGCGAGCCACAGCAGGACUUCCCGUCGCUCUUCGAGAUGGCUAUGGGUCACCGCAGUUCGGCCAGUGGGUCUUCAUCAUCAUCGUGGUCGGGGCGGCGCCGCUCCGCCAGGUCUAGGGCUCCGCCGCGUCGCAGGCCCAUUGCCAAGGGCAAGGAGACAUCACGUCUUCGGAACGCAGUGGCUCGCCGCGCGGCGUUACUCGCUCGGCGUGGCCCGCCUUCUGAUGCGUCUGAUGUUGGUGCUGAUUCCGACUCUGAUGAUCAAUGGACCGAGUUGGAUGAUGCUUCGGGUUUAUCUGACACUUCAUCGGGUAAAGAGGCAGCUGUUGUGGAUAUGGACUGCAAUGAUUACCAUAAGGAACCGGCGGAAGCACCAGCCCUCGGGCAGUUCCUGCUACCCUUGCUGAGCAGUGGACCUGCCCCGGAGCCUGACCACUUCCUCAUCAGGCAUGAAGAUAUACUGCAGCUUCUAGCCUCAGCGGAGGAGACGGUGAGGGACGAUCAUCCCAUAGACGAUGAUGAAGAUGGCAUCGACUCGCAGACUGAUAUUCUAUCAAACAGUGACAUGUUCGUCUUCGAAGAGCCCCCUGUCACCCCGGAGGAGGAAGCUGCCUUGCUGCACUAUGUCUGCGAUCGUUUAGAUAUUAAAUUGACGUCCAACGAGCACACGGCCGCGUGCGCACCCUACCGCGAAUCAAAUUGA